AGUGGAUCUGUUGGCCGCGUGCUAUUUCGGCUCUCGGUUUUCCCUCGGAUUUCGCUGGGUUGUCGGCCGAGUUUUCCGGCCAAAUUUUGCAGGCGGCUCCAUUUUCCCGCCCGCCUGCACCCUGUCAAAUUUCCAGUGCGAGCCCUUUUCCGUUUUUGAAAUAUUGGGCUUUUGACGUUUUCCGUUUUUUCCGCUCCCCCCAGUGCUUUCAAAAUAAUGCCGUUUCAAAAACAUCGCGCCCGGCCUUUUUCCCCCAACUGAGCCCGCUUAGAAAUAAUUGUUCUCGAUCAAUUUAGUCCGAAAAUUUUUUUUCCUAAGUUUAAAUUUAAAAAAAAAUGGACUACAAAUUGGUCGGCUCACCUUGCGGCGAACACGGCCCGUACGUGUUUUACAAGGCGCUCAAAUAUACCAAAAACGGUCUGAGCAACAUUCUUGCCCUAAGCGAAUUUUUCUUCGUCCGCCUCUGGACCGACUCGGACCUCAUCAGCAUCGGCGAGCUACAACUUUUGUGGGAGGACAAGAACAACGAUCAGACCCUCGCCAGCCUCAGGCUCUACAUCCUGCCGGAAAACACGCCAGACGGACGGACCGACAGUCACGGAGAGGAUGAAGUACUGGCAAUAACGGAAAAGGUGGUCAUCCGGGUGGAAGACCUCCUGACUUGGAUAACACAGUCUUCUGAUUGGACGUGGGGGCGGGGGGCCAUCUGGGAGCGUGACUGCCCCCAGGCAGAAUCCGCCCCUUACAAUCCUAUAGCCCUGGAUAUGGAAGACAUCAACAAGGAGAAACUCUUGCUAGGUGAAAAACAUUGGGAGACGAUGACAGGAGUUGUGGUGCUGAGCUACCCAAGAUACUGUAGGUUUCGUGGGAUUUUGAAGCGGCUAGAAGGAGUUGAGGACAAGUGGAUGAAGGCAGCACUGACCGUCGCCCUUGGUGGAUUCACUACGCCCUGGAAAGAUACGAGAAUUCUCUUUUGCAAAGACACUUUUGACUACCCAGAGCUGGAAGGUCAUGAACUGCUCUGUAACCACCUUGCUCCAAAACUUAAAGGAAGGCCACGGAAAAGAAAAAAGGCUAGUGUUUCUCCAGGGGAAUCCGAGUCUGAAAGUGAAAGUUCACAGUCGACCAGCUCAUCUACCUCAAAAGCGAAGGUGGCACCUCCAAAAGUUGGUUUGGUCAAGCCGAGGCUGCGCUGCACUUUAGAAGUUAGGAAACCAUCAAGGGGACCAUCCUUAGAAGAACGUAACUUCAUGACAUCCCUCCACCUCUUUAUGAAAGAACGCAAGACUCCGAUCAACAAAAUCCCCAUAGUUGGAUUUAAAGAGGUUAAUCUGUUUCAACUGUACAAAAAGGUAAAAGAACUUGGAGGUUAUGAUGCUGUAUCCUCAGGAAAAUUGUGGAAAUUUGUUUAUGAAGUAAUGGGAGGUGAUAUGUCAAGCACAAGUGCUGCAACGCUUUCCAGGAGGCAUUACGAAAAACUGCUUUUACCUUUUGAACGGCAUAUGAAUGGGAACAACAGAUCUAAUCAAAACGUCAAAUUAAAGUCGCUACCACCAGUGCCCAUACCACAACUUGAAAUAAAGGCCAAGUCCUCGUCAUCAUUACGUGGUAUAAGACUGAAACAAGAAAAAGUAGUACGCGAGAAAGAGAACAUACCACAAAGACGGCCGUCAACUUCUGUUGUCGUUGAGCCUGAGAUAAUAGAUUUGGUCAGCGAUGAAACACCUGAGAAAAGUGUGACAUCGAUGCCAAGAGCUUUGAGCCCACUGAUAAAAAAACAAAAAUUAGAAAUUCUGAAAGAAGGCGGUCUUGAAGUGACACCUGUCGGAAGCAGAGCAUCUGUCAUCAAACAAGCCACUCCACAGUCAUCGCCACCUCCUACAACUAGCUUCCAACCACUGUCACCUCCAGGGAACAAAAUUUCGAUAACGGUGACACCCGACAUGUCACAUCUACUCUGCCCUCCUGGGCCGUCUAAGCGGACAAUUUAUGACAAUCCGAGGGAUUUUUACACCGGUGCGUCCAAGGAUGUCUUCCAUCCGCCUCCAAAACGGUUUUCACUCCCAGAGGUGUUAGACCUACGGACCAAACCUAAGAUCAAUAUCGGGUCCAAUUUAGAAAUUACACUUGUCCCUCCCAAGAACGCCAAACCUCAAUUACCCAAGAAAAAAGUUUCUCUUGGAUCACCAAAAACUCCACAUGUUUACCACCCCUACCCAGGCAACUACAAACCUUACAAACAGUCUAGCUUUGUAGAUUUUUCUGCUUUAUAUAAUCCAGUUAUCCAUCCGACAUCAUUCCAAUCACAGCCUCCACGUCCCGACCAUCUUCAUCUGUAUAAGGAAUUUUUAAGAAGACAAGCUGUUUUUCCUUCACUAAUCAAAGAUGGAUCUACGUCAAUAACACUUGUUGGACAAACUCCAACUUCCAAAUGACCAACAAAAUAAAAAAAUUUUAAAAAAUUCAAACACCGAAUAAAAUUGUUUAUUUUUCAUAUGUCAACAUUAAUUGGGACAAUUUUGUCAGAUAUUUUGAUUUGUUCAAAGUAUUUUUGUACUGGAUGGUACUUUAUACAUAUAUCGAUUAUUAAAGAUCUCAACACUUAUAAAACCGAAGUUUAUUAUAAUUAAUAGAUCUAUCACUUUUUAUAUUUGAAACGUCUUGAGCGUUGAAGCAUUUAUUUUCAGUGUAUAUAACAUAAAAAGUGUGUAAUCUAUUAUUUAAAGAACUAAACGGUAAGUGGCAAAUUGGAGAUAGUAAAUAAGGUAAGCUAAAAUUAUAAUUAAAAAAAGAAAAAAGAAAAGAAGGAAACUUCCUUUGUAUAGCCACUCCAAAUUUAUUACUGAGUUUGUAAAUAUGACUAAAUAGAAUGAUAGUAAUAAUAGAAUUGUUUAAAUUGAUACAGCAGACUGUUAAUUGCUACAUGUAUAUAUAAUAAAUAUACACACACAAACUUAUACAUAUAUAAUAUCAGGAUCAAUUACUGCUUAACAACAGCAAAAAAGUUCAUAAUUACUUAAAAAUUAGGUUCUUUUUUUAACCAGAUUGGUGCCAAUGAUCUGACAAUAUUUUACAAUUUAAAGCCCACUUAUUUGUUAAAUAUAUGUGUUCAUUUUCUUUUAUAUGCAAUUACAUAUCUUGUUUUGUAUGCAGAAAAACAAAAACAGCUUUACUUAGAUUUUAACAAAACCUUUGUUUGUAGUUUAAUGUUUAGGACGUAGUAUUUUAUAAUGAAUAAACGGAAGAGGAAAUAGAAAUUAGGUUUUUUAUACAUUUUAAGAACGCAUAAAAGUAAGAAAUUAUAUUCCUAAUGAUUGUAAUGGAUGUUUUCAUAUGACUUUAUUUCCAAUGCUUGUUUUAACAAGUUGAAAUGUGAUUUUUCAAAAGUUAAUACAAAAAUAUCACAUAAGUAAGUGAAUUUAAACUACAAUAUGAUAUUGCUAAGUUUCCAUAACAUAAAGUUUAUAAAAAAAAAAUACUGAAACCAUUAAAGUAAAUUGGAUUAGUAAUUAAUUAGAAGUCAGCAUAGGAUAGUUUUAAAUGUCUCUGCUUUCAUAAUAUUUGAAAUGAAAUUGAACCUUAUUAUGAAUGUUGGUUUGCAAUUACAAAAAAAAAAUUGACUCAUUUUUCAAAUAUGAAAACAUUUUUGCCUCUCAUGGCAAGUAUUUUUUAUGUUCAGAAAACGCAUAUUGAAUGUAUGUAAAAAUACUACAAUUACUUGAUAAAGUGUGUUGGCUUUAUUAUAAAACUAGUUACUGUGAUGUUUUAAUAAGUUCAAUUAUAAAAUUAUUUGUGUAAAAUCUUUUACUUUUAUAAUAAAAAGAUAUUAGGUAAA